AAUUGAAAAGAGAAUUUGCAUUUGAUUUUCAAACGAAUGCACUUUCCACAGGUUAAAAAUACGCUGAAAAAAGCCAUUCGAAUUGUAAGCGGUGGAGGAUCGGAUCAAAAUGGAAACAGUAAAGGAUCGACGUUUAGCAUUGCGUCUCAAUUGACGGGCAGUGGAGUCAUGGGUGCCAGUGUUUUAUUGCCCGGCGAUCCGUCUCGAAGAUCUUCCAUGCCCGUCUUGCCAACAAAUAACUCGGGCGGAGCUGCUGGUUUUGUUGCCGAACUGUUUGAUCGACAUCGUUCACAAGGUCGUUCGCAAUCGCAUCAUCCGCCGACCUCUUUCAAUGUGCCCAGGAUUCAAGUCUCUUACUGGAACAAUACGGUGGGAGGCAACAUCCCUCCACCGCCGUCCAGCACACCGAAAAUUAUACCGGGCGAAAUGAGACCGCAAACGAGUAGCCGCAACCGGCAACGUUCAAAGAGUUCAACUCGAUCCUGAAAUGUUUUUAAUGGGAAGGUAAAUCUUGAAAAUUGAAAAACAGAUGAUUGUGAGUAAAAUGUGUUGAAAAUAUGUAAUGUGAUGGAUGUCCAUAAACCAAAACAAAACGACAAA